AAAACAAGCUCUGAUGAGUCAGAAGGUGAUUCCAGCAACAUCAAAUGUCUGUUCCCUCUUUGGAACAUUGAAAAACUAAAAAUUUUCAAAAAAUGUCAUUUGUCAUUCUGCAUGUUACUUUUCUUUUCUGAAGUGUUUCUUCACGGCACCUGUGAGUUCUGUACCUUCUGUAACCUCCUUCAUACCCAUUUGGACCAUUUCUAUUCAAAUUUAAAAGUUUACAGGAAGACAGAAGUGGACCACGAGGAUGAGAGUCUGAGAGUGACAGAUUAUAUGAAAUUGUGAAUUUUCUUACUCCUAGUGGUAGUAGUUGGGGAUAAGCUCACACGUUUCUACGGUGAAAUUGGUAGAAAGUAGCAUAUAAUUUCUGGUGAUUCUAAUUGUAAAGAAGAAAGUCAGGAAAAUGGGUUUCUGUGAGUUUUUCC